AUGGCGACUGAAUCAGCAGAUUCGUACAUUGGGAGCCUCAUAAGCCUAAUUUCCAAGUACGAAAUACGUUACGAAGGUGUUCUCUACUUCCUCAGCGUCCAAGACUCCUCCAUUGGCCUAAAAAACGUUAGGUCAUAUGGAACAGAGGGGCGUAAGAAGGAUGGUCCACAAGUUCCUCCAAAUGAUAAGGUUUAUGAAUAUAUUCUGUUUAGAGCAAGUGACAUUAAGGAUUUGCAAGUUAAGUCUCAUCCGCCUGCUCAAAGAGAAGAACAAACUCAUGAUGAUCCUGCUAUUAUACAGUCACACUAUGCUGGUGUGCCUGUAAGUUCUCCACCAUCAGCAUUAGUUGGAGGUAAAAAUUUGGUAGAAACAACUCAUUGGCAGGAUACCCCUGCUUUGACUAGUAGAGGCCAUAUUGGUGUAUUGCCUUUUAUUAAUUCUGCAAUUGAAGUUGGUACAUCAGGACAUUCCUCUUAUACUCAUAUUGCUAGUCCUCCAGCACUUUCUUUUCCGAUGUAUUGGCAAGGAUACAAUGGGGCAUCACUUGAUAUGUCUGAUCAUCCACAUCACCAUAUUCCUUUGCAAUCUCCAUCUGCUGUGUCACAGCCCUUGACAAUGCAGAAUAAGGCUCCUGAAAAUCACGCAUCUAUAGGUGUUGGCUUGGCCACUACAUCAGAAUCUCUGAACCCUAUAAUUUCAUCUUCUACACCAACUUUUGUACAUCCAAACUUUUCUACCUCUGUCCCUUCUGUACAUUUUUCUUCUGGUCUUGAUAUGCCUACAUCCAUGGCUGCACAGGCAUCUUUACCAUCUCAUUCUAUACCUCUAAAUGCUAGCCGACUAACUAUGUCUUCGUUGCCUUCACCCUGCCAAGACUUAGACAUAAUUGAAACACAAAUUGCAACUAAAGCUGUUUCUGAUUCAGUACCUGUUCUACCUGCACAGUCCAUGCCUUAUCCUGGAUCAUUUUCUGUGGGUUCUGAUCGAGGUCCCUUGCUAACACCACCCCCAUCGUUGUUAACUCCUGAUCAAUUGGCACCAUCUAGAUCACACAUACUUUCUUCCUCACAGAAACUCUACCUUGAUGGAAAGGAUAUGGGCAUUUUGAUGCCAACCUCUUCUGGAUCUUCAUCCUUGAUUCCUCCUGUAACUCGAGCACCAUUAUUGCCGUUUCCCACUUCCCAACAGUCUCCAUACUCAGCUACACCGUAUACUGAGGAGUUUGAUUUUCUAGCCAUGAAUGAGAAGUUUAAGAAAGAUGAAGUAUGGGGUUACCUAGGAAAGGAAAAACAAAGUGACCAAACAGAGAGAGUGGAUAAUAGUGGAACUGGUCAAUGUGUGGAUGACAAAGAAGGUUCUGGCCUGAUACCCAACACAAAGCCUGCAUAUAACAAGGAUGAGUUCUUUGACACAAUUUCAUGUAAUUCGCUCAACCGUGGAGGAAGAAAUGGACAUAGGUUUUCUGAGAGAAUGAGGCAGGAUACUGAGACAUUUGGAAAUUUCCAGCAGAGAUAUAAUCUUGGCUAUGGUGGUUAUGGUGCUGGACGUGGUGGUAAUUACCGGGGUCCAUAUCAAUGGGGAAGGGGAUAUGGCUACGGCGGGAGGGGACGUGGUGGUAACAUGCCCUUCUAA